AAAUUUAUUUAAAGAAUUUCUUCGUCUUAUCUCGUUGUUGUUCUUGACGCUUCCACUAUAAAUUUAUCUCCAGACCAAUGUUACUCAUUCAAUUUGGAUAUUGGUUCUCAAUUGUAUCUAAAAUAGGACACUAUAGUGAAUCCGAAACAGUGAUAACACGACGAAACCUAAAAAACUAACCUCGCGUGAUAAUGACCAAAAUAUGUGUGUUUAAAAACAGUGCUGUUAAAUUGAAGUGUUAUUUAACUUUAUUUGUGUCAAAAAAAUUGUUGUGAUAAAAAGUGUGUUCGUAGAUAGUUCAUUGGAUCGGUACUUAAAAUGAGAGAUCUUAUAAGAAAUUAUAAGAAAAUUUUAGCCGGAGGAAACAGAGAUUCCGAUUCAGAUGGCGAAUCUCAGCCUCUGGCUAGCUCCAGCUAUACUUCUUCCAGUAGUUUUGGGACAUUCUUUAGUCCACCCACACCAACAAGUGAUUCUGAUGAAGAUAAUGAAACAGUAGGAAAUACUACACAUAAAUCAGAUGGUCAGCAGGUUAACUCAAAAUUUGAUCGUUUGUACUCAAAAUCAGAAAUAGAAAAAUACACGAGUGAUAUAUUAGCCCAUAACUUCGAUAAUCCAGAUCUGAGCUUGUACACUGUUCAGGAAUACCUUUAUAAUAAGCCCAGUUAUGCAAAAGUGCCUAAUUACAUGAACGAUAGUAAGAAACUUCCAAAAAAGGACUUGAAUAACCUAAUUACCUCUAUUACAAGUGAACAUAUAACUUUUAUGGAUUAUAUUGAACCGAAAAAGCAUACCCACAACUCGUUGGUAACCAUAUUUGCAAUAUGGAAUACAACAAUGGGAUCUUCAUUGCUAGCCAUGUCGUGGGGAAUUCAAAUGGCAGGUUUACUUCCAAGUAUUAUAAUCAACAUUAUGGUGGCAGCUUUAUGUCUUUAUACUUGCUACAUGCUACUCUCAAUUAACGAAAGGCACGGUAUGCCGGGUAAAGACAUCGAGGUCCAUCACCUCUGUAAAGACUUGUUAGGCAGGUGGGCUGAAAUACUAGCCAAGAUUUUUUCUAUAGUUGUACUUCUAGGAGCGAACAUAGUUUACAUGAUACUUAUGUCUAAUUUUCUCUAUAAUUUCGUAUAUUUUCUUUACGGGUUUCUGGUUGAUCCGGAGAUCACGUCAACACCAAAAGCUGUUCUGUGUCCAAAGGAAAGUAACGUGACAUUUCAACUUAACGAUACGAACUUAACUGUGGUACCUGUACAAGUUGAAACUCUCUUUGAUAGAAUUUGGGACUUAAACAGUACCGUUCCCAUUUAUUUGUCUGUGAUAAUGUUUGGAGUUUUAAACUUUAAGUCGCCAACGUUUUUUACUAAAUUUAAUAGUUUAGGUACAAUUAGUGUAUUAUAUUUAAUUAUAUUUGUGGCUGUGAAGGCUUCUAAUUGGGGUAUCAACAUUCCUGACUGGACUUCGGAGUUAUAUUUAAAACCAACUUUUACCGCUCUAAGUGGAAUGUUGUCAUUGAGCUAUUUCAUUCAUAAUAUUAUUAUUUCCAUAAUGAGAAAUAAUAAAUGCCAGGAGAAUAACGGCAGAGACUUGACUAUAGCUUUUGGCUUGGUAACAUUUACAUACUUAUUUAUAGGAAUAUUGUUUUAUAUAAGCUUCCCGCUUGCAAAAUCCUGUAUAGAAGAUAAUAUUCUAAAUAACUUCAGCAAAAACGAUACAUUGACCAUAAUCGCAAGGAUAUUGCUCCUGUUCCAACUCUUUACAGUUUUUCCCCUGAUUUCCUUCAUGUUAAGGAAUGAUAUUUUAGGAAAUAUCAAUCAAAUAUUCAAGAAUUAUCGUUUUGGAGAUUUCACAUAUGGAAGAGUGAUGAUAUUGAACACCGUACUGUUGUUUAUAUGUGUAAUGUUUGCAUGCUUCCUUCCUAAAAUCGGAACCCUGAUUAGAUAUACUGGAGCACUGAGUGGAAUGGUUUAUAUCUUCAUGUUGCCGAAUCUACUUAAAUUAUCCAGUUUAAGGAAAUCAAGAGAACUGACAACGUGUAAAGCCUUCUGGCAUGUCUUAAUCAUUGUAGCUGGUACUCUAAACCUACUUUCGCAAUUCUUUAUUGACGACUAAUGUUAAUUUAUUCACCUUAAAAUUUAUGCUUAUAGCUUUAAACAAAAUAAAAUAAAAAUCCAGUAAA